UUCCUGUUGGCACUUGGCGGCUUCAGGUCUUUCCCCAAAGCACAGUUCUGGACGCGCCACACAUGGAGAUCCCCGCCCUCCUCUUGUCCUUCCUCCUCCUCAGCAGCAACGCCUUCGCAAGAUUUAUCGAAGGGGAGUCGGACCGAAAUGACACUCGCGAAGAGGUUGGAGAAACGCCAUCUCCGGAACACGCAGCUCCAGCUUCAGUUCCAGCUCCUCCGGCGGCGCCACCCUCACCCCGACGCUCUUCCAUCACUCGCCUCAUGCCGGUGUUCAUGUCGUCGGACUUCGAAAGCGCUCCGGGCGGCGUCAACGGCCUGUAUUCACCGCCGAUCAUCGUAGGCGCUCCGGGCGGCGGCAACGGCCUGUAUUCACCGCCGACCAUAGACCACCCUCAGGAACAGCCGUAGCAUCAUCUCCAGGAGUCACCGGCGUGUAUUUGUCCCCGACCACAGAGCUAGUCACAGAAACCACAUUUACUAGCAGAGGCCCCGAAAGCUUUAGUUUAUUAGAUCUUUCUUCCCUUCCAUCACUUCCCUGUGAUGGAAAGUGCAUGUUUCGGCAUGGUAAGGUCUGUGAAACUAACGCUAGAUGUUUAUUUUCCUCUGCCGAAGGAGCACAUUUAUGAGCCAGGUAUUUGAAGGUUUUCUUCUAGUUAGUGAAAGGGAGAAAAAUAAAAUGAAUGACAUACAAAAACAAACAAAAACAUAAAAACAUGAACAAAAGCAACAGCAACCGGUGACUUAGUUAGGCCUAAAGCUAGAAACAUAUUACUGAGGAUGAUAAUGAUGAGGAUGAUGGUGUUACUUAUAUUACCAAUUAUAGUAAGUAUCAAAAUCAUAAUAGUAAUGAUAAGAGUAAUAGUAACAACUAGAAGCGCAUACCUCCACCAGGGCAAUAAGGUCGCUGAUGCAAUAAAAGAUAUUCACACAAAGAAUUACAUUAGAAUCACCUUGUUCAAGUUCACGGGUGCCGUCUGUCAAUUUAAACUUUUUGGCGAAGGCGAAGCAAUAGGAGUAAUGAUCCAAUAAUUAAAAAAAAAAAAUCCUGGAUCCGGAUCACCACCAAAAUUUAAGGGAAUCUGAGUUAGGCUAAGACGCAUCUGGGAAAAUGUUCAGAAAAUUAUGUUCAUAACUGAGUUAUUCUGCUAACAAACGAAUAAAUAAUUUAUUGAAAUCAUC